GGGCGGUAUUUGCUCCAAGAGCUUCACCAGGACGACAGACUUGCAUGGAUGGAGGGUUUGAUGAAUCUUAUCGUUGGAUUCACCGUUACACCGUUGGUCUGCAAGAGAACAGUGGAGUGGGAAUACAAAUCGGUUCUUUGAGAGACUGUGGGUGCGUGCGGUUGGGGGCCUCCAGGAAAUGAUCAGCUAUGGGAUGGAUGGUGAGGUGAGCGGCAAGUAACUCUUUCCCGGUAUUGACUGUCAUACCCCUCAGACCGGGAGUCUGCUUACAUGCGUCGCCAAAACUUCGCUCAUCACUGUCGCAGAAGCGCUGACAUGAACCUCUGCGGACCGCCACCAACCUCAAGUUCUUGAUAUCUCAUCCCGUCGCGAUCCCUAGGCAAUACCACCGCAUGGCAGUCCACUGCCCCUCCUCCUCCACCCUCUUGAUUCCGCGAAACAGCUGCUACUGGCACGACACCACUUAUCAAACACACCUAUCAACUCCGGAUCAUCAAGGUGCCCAUUCGUCUUUGCAUCUCAUGCUUACGCCCCAUAUCCUUACCGCUGUGUUUCGUGAAGUUUCACUCUGGCCAGAAGACCAGUUGAUACCCUACGAGAUCGGUCAUUCAUGCGAGGCGGGGAGCACCAAUCGCGCACUUAUCUACACGUCCUCUUUCGCACCUUCGUAGCCAACCGUCGCUCCUCGUUUCCUGUGCACCGCAAUCAAUCUUGAGAGGACGCUCCUCCUCACCAACAACCAAAUCACCCUCCACCAACCGCCAAUCGCGACAACACCACACCACAAAGCCGUUGUGCCUCCCUUGCACGGCGCCACCGAUUCAUCCUACCCAAACCACCGGGACCUCAAGCGGCGAGAUUACGUCGUGUGCACGCCGACCAGCUCUAAAAUACCAAAUAAGCUUUCCGAGCCCCUCUCUCGACCCACUUCACCGCAAGCGCGUGGACAAUGUCUUAUAACGCCCACCAGACCAAACAAGCGGCACGCAACGUGGCCUGGCACAAGUCGAAGUGGAAUAUCUUCCCGUACUCACGCAACAAAUACACACAUGACUCUACCAACACUGCAGCAUGGCAGUCGGCCAAUGAUCAGGAUCUCGAAGGCCAUCCGCUGGAGGGGUUGCCGAUCAGACCGUCGGAUGACCCAAGGACCCCGGGAAUCCCGCUGAACGGCCCCGGGUCGACGAGCAGAAACAUCAAUGCAUCGGGACGGACCCCUAAUACGGCUGAUGGCCAGUUUGGAAGUAAUGAGACGUUUGUUGGCUCGAACCCUUUGUCGGUAGGGGAGCAGAAGGUCACUAGCAGUGCGCUUAACAAGUUACCAGCGAUGCGCUGGAGAUUCAAACGCAGUGUCACAGGCGAUGCGACGACGACAUCCGAGGGGGCUACUGCCGAUGGCGUCAAGAAGAAGAAAAAGGAGUCGAGCAGUUUCCUCAAGCAUGUCGAGCCUAAGGAGCCGUUCACGGUUAGGAACCAGAUCCAACGGGUAUUCUUCAAUUCAUGGAUCAAUGUGUUGCUGAUUGCAGCACCGGUUGGUAUUGUAAUUGCCAAUAUUCACUCUGUCAGUAAGAUUGCCGUGUUUGUGGUUAAUUUUAUGGCAAUUGUUCCCCUGGCGGCCAUUCUGGGGUUUGCGACGGAGGAGAUUGCGUUCAGGACGGGCGAGACUGUGGGUGGUCUAUUGAAUGCCACCUUUGGAAACGCAGUCGAACUGAUCGUAGCCAUCAUCGCGCUUGCUGAUCGUCAAGUCGUCAUCGUUCAGACCUCCCUCAUCGGCAGCAUCCUCUCCAACUUACUCCUCGUCAUGGGCAUGUGCUUCUUCUUUGGCGGGCUGCGGAGACGGGAACAAUACUUCAACACCACCGUUGCGCAAACUUCUGCCAGCUUGCUCGCCCUCGCCGUGGCUAGUGUGAUCGUUCCGACAGUGUUUGACCGAUCCAGCCAGUCGCCACAGAACGAUGUUGCCAAGCUGUCUCGAGGCACCUCCGUCAUUCUCCUCUUCGUUUACUGCGCCUACUUGUUCUUCCAGCUCAAGACGCACUCAAUGGUCUUUGCCGAAGAAAGCCAGAAGGUUCAAGCCAAACCGUUCACCCACCCUAUGCGACGCAGCGUCCCCGAAGGCGCCGUCUCUCAGGGACUCGUCGCCCCAGCUGGCAUUAUCAGUGGUCAUGGUUUGGGGUCAGAGCAAUCCGAGAAUGAAAAGAUCCGGGAAAUGGUGACCAAGCCUCCUAUGAGGAGUGCUUCGGGGGCAACCCAAGGCGGCACCGUCAGUAAUCCCGGCAAAGGCAGUGUAGAGGAAGACAACGACAAAGAUGAGGUCACAUUGCACUUUCUCGUUGCCAUCGCCACCCUCGCCGGGUCUACGGUUGUUAUCGCCAUUUGUGCAGAGUACAUGGUUGACUCCAUUAGCGCCAUCACCGCCAGCGGGGCUGUUUCUGAAGAAUUCGUCGGCUUGAUUCUUCUUCCUAUCGUGGGCAACGCAGCCGAGCACGCCACUGCUGUAACUGUCGCCAUCAAGGACAAGAUGGAUCUUGCUAUUGGGGUGGCGGUGGGUUCGAGCAUGCAAGUGGCGUUGUUUAUCAUCCCCUUGCUUGUUAUCAUUGGGUGGGGGAUGGGGAUCGAUGCCAUGACGCUGAGCUUUGAUCCAUUCCAGGUGGCGGUGUUGUUUGUUGCGGUGUUGCUGGUGAAUUAUUUGAUAAAUGACGGGAAGAGUCAUUGGUUGGAGGGGAUGUUGCUUAUGUGUUUGUAUGCCAUCAUUGCGAUUUGUUCUUGGUGGUACCCGACCGAUGGGAGUAGUAUUUCCGGAGGGGGGAAUAACAGGACUUUGGAGUUGAGUCUUUAGGGGGGUGGUGAUGGCAGGGGGUGGGAGGAUGGGGUAACGCGAUGACUUUUUCUUUUUAGUCUGGCUUGUAGAGUACUUGAGAGGAGUGUUCUCCUAGGUAUAAGAGAACAGCAUAGAAGGAGGCGGCAGGGGAAUUUGUAUAUGAGGAAGACUCUACACGAGAUGUUGAGGGGUUGAUGUUGAUAGGGGCAUGCCCUAGAGAAAGUGAUAUUGCUGAUGAAAGUUGGGGUGAAUGUGUAUGACUGUUGAUUUGAGUCUUUCAAGAUUACUGAUAUGCCUAUUGAUUGCGCAGAAGGCCUAUUUGCUACUUUGUCAAAGGAUUUUGGAGUAGUUUUGAAGGCUUUUUGAGUCGCUUUAAAGGGGCUUUGAGUAGCUUUGGAGGAGUAUU